UCAUGUGAACGCAAUUCUCACAUUCGAUGCACUAUGAAAAAUGGAAGAAUCUCUGUUGAUCUUUGACACGUUCUGUAGAAAGAAGAUAUUAGUAGAUGAACAAACGUGAACUGUUAUUGUUAUUAUUAACAUUAAACACAAUUCAACACAAUUCUAGCCAUGGAAACAAUCAUUGUUCCCCGGUCGUCUUCUACUCAACCUCCUUUGGGGAGAGAUUAUCUUCUGAUGGUGGCUUUGAUAAAUGAAUGUGUAGAACAUUUCUAUAGUAUAAUAUGGAGUUUUUACUGGUUUCUUUCAUAAAAAUUUAUUUGCAGAGUUUUCACCAUCCCUGAAAAUUAUUUGCACUGUGAUUCUUUUAUUGGCAUGUUGCUGAUACUUUGCACUAACACGUCAACGUAGUUCUUUUUUUUUUUUCUUUUUUUUCUUUUUUUAAAGCUGAAAUUAAUUGCUCGAACAAAAUUCUAUACACGGUUAUUUUCCAGUAAGAACAAAAAUAAGAGAAGGCCAUAUAAAUCGGUUGCGAGAAUAUUAUACAUCCUGUUUUUUUAGGAAACCCUCCCCCACUAUCAAAUGAAUCUUAGCAUCCGAUAACCAACGCCAUCGCCUUCAUAAAUCAUAAACCCUAAACCCUAACCACGCGCCGUCGCCUCCUCCCUCCCCACCUUCCUUCUCGUCCUCGUCCUCCUCCGACGACGAAAAUGGCGUGGCGCGGCUCGAUCUCGCGCUCGCUUCUCUCAACCGCGCCCUCCACCGCCGCACGCCUCCGCCCUCCGCCGCUCGCCGCCGCACCUCGGCCCCCGCGCCGCCGCCUCCCCUUCGCCCCGACGAGACCCGUGGGGGCGUUGGGGUGCGCCCAAUCCCUGCUCCCGAUCCACAGCGUGGUGGCCCUUCCUCGCCUCACCUCGCACCUAUCCGUCACCGCGAGGGCGUGCUGUGAGCUCUCUCAGGGUACUUGAAGGAAGUAGACUGGUAGAUCCUUCUUAAAGGAUGGUAGCUGGUUUUGAUAUUGUGUCUUCUGGGAACCGUUUCAGCUAAUGUUAUUAGCUGCAAAGUUUGAAAUGUAGUUUUUCCUCUAAUCAGGAAUUUUGAGAAUUUUUCAUGGUCGAGGACAUGAUGAAUAAUGUUAUGAUUACUUUCUUACAGUCUUCUGAUGGAACUUGUAUCAGAUAUUCAUUUAAACUAGAUUUUGAUCGAAGCUAGUGUAAAAGCAUUCUACUCUUUUGUGGCA